CCAGAAAAAAAUACUGCUUUCAUAAAACUUGCUCCCACAUGGCCCACAGAACACCCAAGGCCAAAAAGAGUCCAAAGUUCAGAAAGAAAAGUUACCUCAAUAGACUGAUGCUCGCAAAGAGCCCUCCGUUCUCUGCAGCGAAGAGCCUCAGAAAUUCCCUUUCCCAAGGGGCUUUUUCAUCUUUAGGAGACCCAAGUCCUCAGGAAAAUCCUUUUCCAGAAGUAUUUGCUCCUUCAGAACGUUUUAUGGAAAACACUAAUGUAAAAAACACAACUGCAAGAAAUGUCUUUGAAGAAAACAUUUUUAUGGAAAACACUACUAGGCCAGAAGGCACCAUCUCUGAAAACACAACCCACAAUCAUCCUCCUGAGGCAGAUUCCGCUGGGACUGCAUUCGACUUAGGGCCAACUAUUAAGCAAACUGAGACAAAAUGGGAAUACAACGUGGGCACUGACCUGUCCCCCUAGCCCAAAAGCUUCAAUUACCCAUUGUUCUCGUCCCCAGGUGAUCAGUUUGAAAUUCAGCUAACCCAACAGCUACGUUCCCUCAUCCCCAACA